UAACACAGUUCUUUCAGUUGAGCAGCUUCAGAAAAAUGGGACAUUCUUCUAUAAUCUCUCUCUGCACUCUUGUUCUUCUUCUUCUCUUCUUUUCUCCAUCAACUCAUGCAUCUGCAUCCGAUGAGGCAGCGCUGCUCGCGAAGAGGCUCAUCAGUGACCUCAAUCUGUUCCCCGACGAUGCCGUCAACGUCGUUCCCGUUGCUAAUUCCUCGCUCCAACCGCGCAAGAUCGUCGAGAAGCGCCUCAGGUUCCCGAACCUGGUAGCUUCGGAUUCCGAGCCUUCGGUUGAGGAUUUGGGUCACCAUGCUGGUUAUUACCCCAUUGAACAUUCACAUGCUGCUAGGAUGUUCUACUUCUUCUUUGAAUCACGCAACAGGAAGGAGGAUCCUGUCGUUAUUUGGUUGACAGGGGGACCUGGGUGUAGCAGUGAAUUGGCUUUGUUUUAUGAAAAUGGCCCUUUCAAAGUUGCUGAUGACUUGUCUCUUGUUUGGAACGAGUAUGGUUGGGACAAGGCAUCAAACCUUUUGUAUGUUGACCAACCAACUGGAACUGGCUUUAGCUACAGUACUGAUUUGCGCGACAUUCGUCAUAAUGAAGAUGGUGUCAGCAAUGACCUGUAUGACUUUAUUCAGGCCUUCUUCGCGGAGCAUCCUCAAUAUGCAAAAAAUGACUUCUUUAUUACAGGUGAAUCAUAUGCUGGACACUACAUUCCUGCUUUUGCAUCACGGAUCCAUCGGGGCAACAAAGCUAAAGAAGGAAUUCAUAUAAACCUGAAGGGAUUUGCCAUUGGUAAUGGACUUACUAACCCUGCAAUUCAGUAUAAAGCUUACCCAGAUUAUGCAUUGGAAAUGGGAAUCAUUAAGAAGGCUACACGAAACCGCCUUAACAAAGUACUGGUUCCAGCCUGUGAAUUGGCUAUAAAACUAUGUGGCACUAAUGGAAAAACUUCCUGCGUGGCUGCAUACGUAGCUUGCAAUCUCAUAUUCAGUAACAUUAUGUUACAUGCCGGAGACACAAAUUACUAUGAUAUCAGAAAAAAGUGCGAGGGGAGCCUUUGCUAUGAUUUUUCAAACGUGGAGAAGUUCCUGAACCAAAAAUCUGUUCGGGACUCACUAGGGGUUGGGAAAAUUAAUUUUGUUUCUUGUAGCACUGAAGUUUAUAUGGCCAUGUUGGUGGACUGGAUGAGGAAUCUUGAAGUUGGUAUUCCUGCCCUUCUUGAGGAUGGAAUCAAUUUACUUAUUUAUGCCGGGGAAUAUGAUCUAAUCUGCAACUGGCUUGGUAAUUCAAGAUGGGUUCACGCCCUGGAAUGGUCUGGUAAGAAAGAAUUUACAAGCUCACUUGAAGUUCCUUUCGUUGUUGAUGGGUCAGAAGCUGGAUUAUUGAAGAGCUAUGGACCUCUGAGUUUCCUUAAGGUCCAUGAUGCGGGUCACAUGGUUCCAAUGGACCAGCCCAAGGCUGCAUUAGAGAUGCUGAAGAAGUGGACUAAUGGAAGCCUUGCUGAAUCUCGAGCUCAAAAGGAAAAUUUGGUUGCUGAAAUGUGAUAUCUUUUAUUACUUAAUUAAUUAGUCUUGCAAAACGGAACAUAACACAAAUGAGAAAAUAAUGCAGUGAAGUGUGAGAGACCAAUAGGUAGUUUGUGGAAUGUUGUACAUCUCCCAAACUCUGCAUAAUUUCUAAAUGACAUUGUAUUGUGAGUUUUUAUCGUGGAAUAAAACUAGUAUUCUAAAGGAUUUCCAAA